ACUACGAAUUAAGCAUAAAUCGAUAGUCGAUCAAUUUUAUGAUCCAGGAUCAAUAUUUAAACUACUGUUUUUAUUUAAAACUCUGAGGUGCGUAAUUUAAAUAAUAAUGUAUGUAAUUUAAGAAAUGGAUCAUUUUUAUUAGCGCUUUUGCAAAAUUGUAAACUUAGCUUAAGUUAUAAUCGCAAAUAAUGACAUGUCAUUUAUACAUAAAUAAAAACUGUGUUAGUUUGACAAUUCUGUUUUAUCGUCCUUUAUGUUAUGUUACUCUAAAAUUUCUAACCAUACAUUUUUCACAUUUACAGGUAACGUAGUUUUCAGUAUAUCAUCUCAAAAUUUUAUAUUAUUAUCUAUAAUUAAUUUAGUUACUUUAUUGAAAUAAUUAAUAUAGUAAAAAUAAAAAUUUAGUGUUGGUGUUAGUUAAAUUUAACAAUUUUCUGCGCAUGAUUUAGAUUCUGCGUGACAAAUCUCUUUCUUUGUCGUUUGUCCAUCAUUCCGUUCAUUUUUUAGCCUACGUUUUACAUGUUGUGCCGGUUAAAAAAGUGAUUAUAUGAUUGUUUUAAGCGAUAAUAUAUAAAAGCAGACUCAUAAAAUUGUGUCUUUGUGUCCGAUGUCUAGUGCUGGAAUACCAGAGAGUUCCAUUGAUCCUCCAACUAAGAAACGGAAGCUUGACUCAAAUAUAGCUACCCCCGAAAUGGCGAAUAAUGAAGCUUCUGGAUCAUCAAACACUGCUGAUAUCGACGAAGGACUUUACUCAAGACAACUUUACGUUUUGGGACAUGAUGCUAUGCGUCGUAUGGCGAAUAGUGAUGUACUAAUAUCAGGAUUAAGUGGUUUGGGAGUUGAAAUUGCAAAAAAUGUGAUCCUCGGUGGUGUCAAAUCAGUGACUCUUCAUGAUGAGGCUGUUUGCACUAUUCAAGAUUUGUCGUCUCAGUUUUAUUUAACUGAAGCCGAUAUUGGAAAAAAUCGUGCGGAAGCUUGCUGUAAACAACUCUCCGAACUCAACACUUACGUUCCAACUAAAGCUUAUGUAGGUUCCCUUAACGAAGAUUUCGUCAAGAAAUUUAGUGUCGUAGUUUUAACUGUAAGUACCCGAGCUGAACAGCUACGUAUCGGCGAAUUAACACACGAAAAUAACAUUGCCUUAAUCGUAGCCGAUACUAAAGGCUUAUUUUCUCAAAUUUUUUGUGAUUUCGGUAGUUCUUUCACAGUCGUCGAUGUAAAUGGAGAAUCUCCGGUAUCGGCGAUGAUAGCAGAUAUAUCUAGUGAUGUAGAAAGUAUAGUUACUUGUAUUGAUGACACGAGACACGGUAUGGAAGAUGGGGAUUAUGUUACUUUCUCAGAAGUGCAAGGCAUGACAGAACUAAAUAACUGUGAGCCAAUUAAAAUCAAAGUAUUGGGACCUUACACUUUCAGUAUCGGUGAUACUAGUAAAUUUUCAAAAUACGUACGAGGUGGAAUUGUAACUCAAGUUAAAAUGCCCAAACAACUUCAGUUUAAAUCGUUCAAGGAUUCCUUACAAAAUCCUGAAUUUGUUAUCGUCGAUUAUACUAAAAUGGAUCAAACAGUUCAACUUCAUUUAGCUUUUACCGCUUUACACCAAUUUGUUGAGAAGAAUGGUAGAUUACCGAAGCCUUGGAAUGACGAAGACGCUGCAGAAUUUGUUAUUUUAGCCAAGGCUCUCGCUUCUAAUGGUGACUCCAAUACCGAAAUUGAUUGUGAUUUACUCGAAACUUUUGCCAAGAUAUCAUCUGGUGAUUUAAACCCUAUGAACGCCACUGUUGGUGGUAUAGUGGCCCAAGAAGUAAUGAAAGCCUGUUCUGGUAAAUUCCAUCCGAUUUAUCAAUGGAUGUACUUUGAUGCUAUCGAAUGCUUACCGAAAGAUAAAACAGAAAUUACAGAACAAUUGGCAGCACCUAAAGGUACCAGAUACGAUGGACAAAUAGCCGUAUUUGGAUCAGAAUUUCAGAAAAAACUCGCACAAUUGAAGUACUUUGUUGUUGGAGCCGGUGCUAUAGGAUGUGAACUGUUGAAAAAUUUUGCUAUGAUGGGAAUAGGAACAGAAGGACAAGUUACUGUUACAGAUAUGGAUCUAAUUGAGAAAUCUAAUUUGAAUAGACAGUUUCUGUUUAGACCUCACAAUGUUCAACAAUCGAAAUCUGCUACGGCUGCAAAGGUCAUAAAGAAAAUGAACCCGGAUAUAAAUAUCGUAGCUCACGAAAAUAGAGUUGGACCCGAAACUGAAAACGUCUACAACGACGAUUUCUUCGAAAAUUUGGACGGCGUCGCCAACGCUCUGGAUAACGUAGACGCUAGAAUUUACAUGGACAGAAGAUGCGUCUAUUAUCGUAAACCUCUGUUAGAAUCUGGCACGCUCGGUACUAAGGGUAACACACAGGUCGUGGUACCUUUCCUUUCGGAAUCGUACAGUUCCUCUCAAGAUCCCCCCGAAAAGAGCAUUCCGAUUUGUACUUUAAAGAACUUCCCCAACGCCAUCGAACACACUCUGCAAUGGGCCAGAGAUAUGUUUGAAGGUUUAUUCAAACAGAACGCCGAAAACGCUUCUCAAUAUUUAACCGAUCCAGAUUUCAUUGAUAGAACUCUUAAAUUACCUGGUGUACAACCCUUGGAGGUAUUGGAAUCCGUUAAAUCAGCUUUGAUCGACGAAAGACCGAAAGAUUUCAACGAUUGCGUAGCUUGGGCGCGCAACCAUUGGCAAGAACAGUAUUCCAAUCAAAUAAGGCAGCUUUUGUUCAAUUUCCCACCGGAUCAAUUGACCAGUACGGGACAAUUGUUUUGGUCGGGACCGAAGAGAUGUCCUGAACCGCUCACCUUUGAUGUGAACAAUCCUUUACAUUUGGAUUAUGUUGUGGCAGCUGCUAAUUUGAAAGCUGCCGUAUAUGGUAUACCUUCCAAUAGAAACAGGGAUUAUGUCGCUCGAGUUGUUGAAAAAGUCAAAGUACCGGAAUUCGUACCGAAAUCAGGUGUGAAAAUAGCCGAAACCGAUUCUCAAUUAGCAAUGAACGGUAGCAACGUCGAUUUGGAUCGAGUAACUCAAAUCAAAGAAGAAUUACCAUCAUCCGAAGAAUUGGGCGGAUUACGUCUCACCCCGUUAGAAUUCGAAAAAGACGACGACACCAAUUUCCACAUGGAUUUCAUAGUGGCGGCUUCGAAUUUGAGAGCCGCCAAUUACAAAAUCCCCUCAGCCGAUAGACACAAAUCCAAAUUGAUAGCCGGUAAAAUUAUCCCGGCAAUAGCGACAACGACUUCGGUGGUGGCGGGUUUGGUUUGUUUGGAACUGUACAAACUGGCUAGAGGCAUCGAAAGUUUGGAACCGUUCAAAAACGGUUUCGUGAAUUUGGCUCUGCCGUUUUUCGGUUUUUCCGAGCCGAUAGCGGCACCGAAAAUGGAAUAUUCCGGUAACGAAUGGACACUUUGGGAUCGAUUCGAAGUCCAAGGGGAAAUGACACUGCGCGAAUUUUUGGAAUAUUUCAAAGAGAAACACGGUCUCGAGAUAACGAUGUUAUCUCAAGGUGUUUGUAUGUUGUAUUCGUUCUUCAUGGCUAAAGCUAAAGCUCAAGAACGUUUCGGAUUGACCAUGUCCGAAGUGGUUAGAAGGGUAUCGAAGAAGAAGUUGGAGCCUCACGUCAAGGCGUUGGUGUUCGAAUUGUGUUGUAACGACGCGAACGGCGAGGACGUCGAAGUACCGUACGUUAAAUAUAAUUUGUGUUGAAUAAAAUUAAUAAAAAACGAAAAAAAAAAUAGAAAAAAUGAAAUUUUGGAUCAGUUUCCGGGUCGAAAGAAAAUUUAGAAUAUUUCGGAUUGUUUUUUCACUAUUUCUUAUUAAAAUAAAGUUUUUUGGUGUUUAUGUUUUUUUCCAUUUAAUGCAUUUAUUAUUAAUUAAUUGUUGGUGAAUAAUUGGCGGACUGAAAAACUCAAAUGUGAUCAUUUCCAAAUUUGAAAAAUAUUCGCUCCCAAAAAAUGUUUUCCUCCUAUUUUUUUGACACUUUUUUAGUUUUGCUAUGUCAUUUUCCUUAAAUUAUAACAAAAAUCUUGUUUCAAAUCAAUUGAAUUAAAGUUUUUGUGUACUUUUACAUUUGGUUUUGUUUUAAUCCUAAUUUUUUAGUUAAUCAAAGUUUUGUUAGUUUUUGACAUUUUUUUGUAUCUUCAUUGUCAUUUUUAUAUCAUUUUCCACCAAUGUUAUCAACAAUUUUGUUUAUUCUUGCUCCUGAGUCCAUAAAAUCAAAGCUUUCUUCAGUUUUUUGACAUUUUGGAGAGGAAAUACUCUUUUUGGUAGCCCUUAAUUUAGAAAACAUAAGUUUUCCUUUGUUUUUUCAAUUUGCAUCUUGUUUUUUUAUCAUUCUAUUCAAAUUUGAACAAAACUGUUAUUUUUUCGUGCUCCUUGGUUCAUAAAACCAAAGUUUUUCUUAUUUUUUUUACAUCCUUUUGAAUUUUCAUCUUAAUUUUUUUAUUUUCCUAAAAUUGUAACAAAAAUCUCGUUUUCUCACUCACGAAUACAUAAUUACUGACGUUUAAAGUAGGUUUAUGUUUUCCACUAAAAUUUUGUUCGAUAACCUUGAGUCCAACGAUUUUUGCUUUCAGUCAUUUUCAUCACUUUUUUUGUCAUUUUAAUCAAAUUUUAUCAUAAUUUUUAAUUGUUUUUGUUACUGAGAUCCUGAAAUAGAAAUUUUUGAUGUUCUCUGCAAUUUUGUAUCAUUUUUCUCCACUCACCAACAAACCUUGUGCCAUCACUUUCUUCUUUACUCUCCAAGUAAAAGAAAAACUUUAUCAUUUUAUGUGUUUUUCUACUGAAAUCUUGUUCAAUUGACGUUUUAUUUAAAUUCCAUAGAUUUUUAAUCAUAUUUCAAGCUUCACGAAGAGUUUUUUUAGUUCGCCUCAUCAUAUAUCAAAAUAAUUUAACAUAAUGAAUGAGAACGUCAUCUUAUUAACAGCAUAAUUUGAAAAAAAAAUACAAAUAUCAGUUGGAUAUGAAAUUUACCAAGAAACUGAUCUAUGUACGACUGGACAUUGUGAUCUUUUGAAUUAUUUAAUAAACGAUGCGAUUUAAUCUAAUUUCGAACCAGAUUAUAAAUAAGAUGAUGUUUAGCAUUUAAAUGCGUUGAUGCAAUAUAUAUAUAUAUAUAUAUAUAUAUAUAUAUAUAUAUAUAUAUAUAUAUAUAUAUAUAUAUAUAUAUAUAUAUAUAUAUAUAUAUAUAUAUAUAUAUAUAUAUAUAUAUAUAUAUAUAUAUAUAUAUAUAUAUAUAUAUUAACUUUGUAGGGAUUCUCGUUAUUUAUAUAUGAAAUGAACAAAAAAAUGUAGUUCGCAAGGUAACAGUUAUUAUUUUCUUAAAUAUUUUCAUGUGUGAAAUUAAAAUUAAUAUUUACAAAA